AUGCUUAAAAGAGUAAAUAAAGAAAUGAUGGAUUGGUCAAAUAAUCAUCCUAAUUGGGCAACACUUGAUCGAUUUGAUCAUGAUACAUUAACACUUGAAUUUACUAUAAUGGGUCCUCCAGAUACACCAUAUUCAGGUGGAGUAUUUAAAGUACAUGCGAAGCUCCCUAUAGACUAUCCUUUCAAAAGACCAUCAAUGUCAAUCCAAACACCAAUCUAUCAUCCAAAUAUCAGUUCAAGUAUAUGUUGUUGUUUGAUUCCUGAAUUAGAGGGAUGGAGUCCGAUGUAUACGGUUGCUCGUUGUAUUGGUCAACUCUACCAAAUCUUGAUAGAACCUGUCAUCGACCAUCCCUGUGAAAUUGACAUAUCAACUCAAUUUAAAGAAAAUAGAGAGUUGUUUGAUUUGGUUGCCGCCGAACAUACAAAACAAAAUGCAAUGCCUCAUCUAGCAGCAUAA